AUGGACGCCGCCAAGAAAACCCGGACUGUUUCGAGACAAGCGUUUACGCGGACAUUAAAUGAAUUAAGUGCUAUUUUAAGUAUCGAUAACUUAAGUCAGGUGAAUAUUGCGAAAGUGCAAGUGUAUUCUCAAAUGUUGGAUGAGAAAAGUAAAGAUUUGGAUGCUGCUAAUACAGUGUUAAUCCAAUAUAUGCUUAACGAUGAGGAUAUUUCACCUGAGGAAAUCGAUAAAGAAGAUACAAGCAACGAUGAAUACAAAAGGAAAUAUUUGCGCGCGAAGGCGAAAGUGGCAACAUGUCUACAUACACCUACACCGGUUAUCACUUCGAGAACACAAUCAUUGACACAAGUUAUGAAGACCACAAAUAUUAAGUUACCACAAAUCGAAUUAAAAAAGUUUAAUGGAGAACCAAAAGAGUGGUUACAGUUCUGGGGUCAAUUUCGUAAAAUACGUGAAGAUGUUUCGAUUGAUAAAGAGGACAAAUUUCAAUAUUUGUUGCAGACAAUGUUGCCAAAUUCCCGCGCGGCAGAGCUUGUUGCAAGUUUCCCGCCAACCAGUGAGAAUUACGACAAAGUGAUUACGAGUUUAAAGAAUCGUUUCGGUCGUGAUGCAGUGCUCGUGGAGGUGUAUGUGCGUGAACUUUUGAAAUUGGUUAUGCAAAAUGCUUUAAGACCUCAAGAAAAGCUACCUCUUGCAAGUUUGUAUGAUAAGAUAGAGUCUCAGUUGCGAGCAUUAGAAUCGUUAGGCGUCACGACGGAUAAGUGUGGCGCCAUGUUAUUUCCACUUGUCGAAUCUUCGCUUCCCGAAGAUUUACUUCGGGCUUGGCAACGUCAUCAAGGAACGACAGUGGGAGGAGGUUCGGUACAUGCGAAUCGACUAACUCAGUUAAUAAAUUUUCUACAAUCAGAAGUCGAGAAUGAAGAGAGAAUUGCUAUUGCCGUAAAUGGUUUCAGCUUACGCAACGAUGACAGAAGAGGACAAAAACAAAAACAUCGACCAGAGUCGACGAAAGAAAUACCAUCUGCUAUGUGUUUACAUGUUAAUGGAAAGGACAUUAAAUCAGUGUCUUGUGUCUUCUGUGAUUGUGAUCAUAAUAGCGAUAAAUGUGAUCAAGCGCGAAAGAUGACAUUAGAAGAGCGUAGAACAGUGGUGCGUCGUGCGAAUAGAUGUUUUUGUUGCUUUAAAGUUGGCCAUAGAAGCAAAGAAUGUCGUUGUUUCGUGAAAUGUGCGUGGUGCAAUCGAAAACAUUUUGUUAUAAUGUGUCCAGAAUUUUCUGGUGAGAAAAGUUCGCCGAUAAGUAACAAGCAAAGUGACGAUAAGAGUAUUAUGAAGGAAAAUGUUUUGUUAAAUCGUACGAAAGGACCGGAAGUGAUUUUACAGACGUUACGAGUUGUCAUUCAUAAUAAAGGCAAGAAGUUUGUCAUUCGUGCAUUUAUUGAUCCAGGAUCUACGCGAUCCUACGCGACCAAGGACGUUUUACAAAUGUUAGGAUAUGAACCACUCAGCGAGCAUAAGAUGAUUCACUCACUGUUUGGGAACGUGUCGUCUGAGGUUAAUAGUCAUAAAAAAUAUUUGAUCCAUGUGUGUGAUAUUGAAGAAAAAUAUUUGUGUAAUUUUAAAGUUUUUGAUGAAGAAUCAAUAUGUGCACAUAUUCCUUUAUGGGAAAAUCGACCAUGGAUGGAGGAAAUUCGCAGUUUAAAUCUUCAACUCUCUGAUGGACCAGAUGUUACAAAGAAUGCAGCACCGAUUAAAUUGUUAAUAGGAUCAGAUAUUGCUGGAAAACUGAUGACGGGUAGGAUCGAGCAAUUGAAGUGUGGUUUGACUGCAAUUGAGACACAUCUCGGGUGGACGUUGAUGGGAGAGGUGCCUAAGAAUGGUACAGAAGGACUCGCCGAACAAGCUAUUUCGAUGUUUCAGAGAGAAGCUGUGGUCAGUGAUUUGUGGAAUUUGGAUUUGAUAGGGAUUAAAGAUCCAGUGUUAGAAAAGUGUCAAAAAGAUCAUGAAAAACAAACGGAGUUGAAUUUUCGAGAAACAGUGAUAGUGAAUACAGAGGGCAGAUAUGAGAUUUGUUUACCCUGGAAAGAGUCACACCCUCCUUUGUGUGAUAAUUUGGAAGUGGCAAAGAAGAGGCUGGAAUCAACUACAAAAAGAUUAAUUGCUACAAAUUCUUAUGAGCAAUAUGAUAAGGUACUCAACGAAUGGAAAGAAGAUGGGAUCAUCGAAGAAGUUCAACAUCCGGAUCCAGACUGCAAGGGCCAUUUCUUACCACAUCGAGGAGUAAUUAAAGAAGGUAGUACAACACCACUUCGACCUGUGUUUGACGCCUCAGCAAAAGGUAAAAAUUUAGCUUCUCUUAAUGAUUGUUUAGAAAAGGGUCCGAAUUUGAUCGAAUUAAUUUCAUCGAUUGUAUUACGCUUUCGAGUAAGAAAAAUCGGAGUAGUAGCUGACAUACGAAAAGCGUUCUUACAGAUAGCUGUAAAUGAGAAGGACCGUAAUUAUUUAAAAUUUUUUUGGUACAAUAAAGAUAAAGAGAUUAUUAUUUUUCGUCAUACGCGAGUAGUGUUUGGAGUUUCUUGUAGUCCCUUUUUAUUGGGUGCUGUCAUUAAUUUACAUUUGUCGCGAGAAUCGUCCGAAAGUAAAAAUGAGUCUUGUUAUAAGAAUGUAAAAAAGAAUCUUGCAAUAUUAGCCGAAAGUUUUUAUGUUGACAAUUGUGUUGCGAGUAUGAGCACUUUACAAGAAGUAGAAGAGUUUAAACAUGACUCACAACUUGCAAUGAAUAAAGCGGCAUUUGAUUUGAGAGGGUGGGAGUAUACCGAAUCGAAGGGAGGGGAACGUGAUAUACCUGUUUUGGGUUUAAUCUGGGAUAAAGAGGAUGACACGUUAAGAUUGAAUGUACCUUCCAUUGAAAAUAUUUUUUCGGAAAAAAUUACAAAGCGAGUUAUUUUAUCAUACGCUCAUAAAAUAUUCGAUCCUAUUGGUUUUGUUUGUCCAAUUAUGAUAAUGCCUAAAUUAUUGUUGCAAGAAACGUGGGCUCAGAAAGUAAAAUGGGAUGAUGAACUUGACGAGAAAUUGCAAAAUCGUUUUAAAAAAUGGUUGAGACAUCUGAUUUCCUUGAAAGAGAUACGUUUUGAUCGUUGGGUGUUUCCUUCUGAUAACGAGAAUAUAAAAUUGUCUUUUCAUGUAUUUUGCGAUGCUAGCAAAAAAGCCUACGCGUCAGUUAUAUUUGCUCGUAUAGAAACGAAUUCCGGAGUCAAGGUUACUUUUUUGACGGCAAAGGCUAGAGUCGCUCCAUUGACGGCUAUUACCAUUCCAAGACUCGAGUUGUUGGCUGCGAAUAUGGGAUCUCGUUUAGCAGUUGCGACCUUGGAAUGUAUGAGAAUUCCUAAAGAAAAUAUGUUUUUUUGGAGCGAUUCUAGUACUGUUAUAUUUUGGAUUCAGAAGAGUUAUCCGUGGAGUCCGUUUGUUAUGAAUCAAAUAGAGGAGAUCAGAGGUCUCACCAGUCAAAGUUCGUGGCGACACGUCCCGGGGGGGAUGAAUCCGGCUGAUUUGCUCUCACGGGGAUGUUAUGUUGAUACCCUUGUUAAUGAAAAAUGGUGGCAAGGACCAAAAUGGUUAUAUAAGUCUGAGAAAGACUGGCCUGAUUCGAGUGUCAAUUAUUGUAAAGAGGAAAUAAGUAAUAAAUUAAAAAAAUCGGCAGGUCCAUUGUCUUGCUUGGAAAAUAAUGAAGUCAUGUGUCAGACUGUUAAUGUGAAUCGUGAGUCAUUUGAAGAAAUGAAUGAUUAUAGAAUGAAAGACAUGAAGAUUUUUGUCGAUCAAGAUGGUUUGUUUCGUUUAAAUUCUAAAUUGUUAUAUCGAGAAGAUGAGUUUAAUUUUCGUUGUCCAGUAUUGUUGUUGGGAGAAAAUCCUCUUGUUCGACUCUUGAUGACUGAAAAACAUGAAAAUCAUGGACAUGUGAAUGUAAGUACGUUGCUCAGUAUGUUGCGUGAGGAUUAUUGGAUAAUCCAUGGUCGAAAAAUAGCACGAAGUAUAGUUAGUAAAUGUGUAGUUUGCAAGAGACAAGAUUCUAAACGUAUGACAGUAGAAACCGCCCCCCUACCGCGUGAGCGAGUACGUGAUGCACGAAUUUUUGAGAUUACUGGCGUGGAUUUUGCGGGACCUGUAUUUCUGCGGAAUGAACGGAAGGCCUGGAUCUGCAUAUUUACUUGUGCAGUUUAUCGCGCCGUGCAUUUCGAAUUAGUAAUUUCAUUGUCCACUGACAGAUUCAUGGAGGCUUUGCGCCGAUUCGUAGCGAGGCGAGGUCGUCUGAGUACGAUAUGGAGUGAUAAUGGUACUAAUUUUAGUGGUUUUGCUAAUUUAUUGAAAAGUCUUGAUUGGUCAAACAUCAGUACCGCGUGUAGUCUUCAGAAAAUUGAGUGGAAGUUUAAUCCACCAAGCUCUCCAUGGUGGGGAGGUUGGUGGGAGAGAAUAGUACAAAUUUUAAAGCGCAUGCUACGUAGAGUGCUCGGUAGAGCUUGUCUCGAUUAUGAUGAAAUGUUGACUGUCCUAUGUGAUUGUGAAUCUGUCAUUAAUUCUCGUCCGUUAACUUAUUUAUCAGAGGAUCCGAAUGAUCUUGUACCAAUCACACCAAAUAUGUUUUUAUUAGAAAUCAAAGAAUCGGGAGUGCCCGAUUGCGAUAGUUUUGACAUGAACAAAUUUAAAGGUAGAUAUAAAUAUCGACAAGUUUUAAAAAACGAAUUGAGAAUGAGAUUUCGUAAUGAGUACUUAGGCACAUUAAAUUAUGCUUCAUCCAGGCGUUCCGUUAAAAAUAAAGAAAUUAAAGUAGGUGAUGUGGUCCUUAUCAGUAAUGAUUGCGAUAAAAGAAUAGAGUGGCCGUUAGCUAGAGUUGUAGAGAUUUUUCCUGGAAAGGAUAAUAUUGUCAGAGUGGUACGUUUGAAGACUGCGUCAGGUUUCUUGAUUCGCCCGGUACAAAGAUUGUGCCCUUUAGAAGUAGAAAAUGAUGUGUGCCCAGAAGAUUUACGUAAUUUGUAUAUUGAGAGAAAGAAAAAAUCGAUACCUGUAUUAGAUGACUCGUGUGAUGUUAGUGUACAUGAAAACGAUGAUGUUAUUGUUACACACAAUGAUGAAAGUGUGAAUGACACACCAGAAUGUUAUGUUACGAGAAGUGGACGAAUAGUGCGUAAACCACAACGAUAUUAA